AUGUCGCCUGUGGCACUGCCUAAUCAUGAUCGAUGGGUGACAGCUAUUGGGAAUGAAGUUCGUCUUCGUCUGAUGCUAGGUAAUGAAACAGUAGAAGAAUUAGCUCGUCAGGCCAUACUUCGAAAAUAUUCAAAUUCUAUCGACAAUGAAUCAUCAAAAUAUUGGGAUGUUAUUCCAUUGAUUAUUGAAACAUUGACGGCCUAUAUUGUUCAAAGUAGUUCGGCACCAGUUGUUGGUGUUGAACCAUAUCGUGCUAUACAUCCAAAUUCGUUGUAUCUAACAUUUCGUUUUCAUUGUAUAACACCGAAACUUGCACUUCAAGUUGCUGAGAAAUUGUACAACGGUGAUUAUGAAAUUGAAAUUGCUUUUUAUUUUGGUGGUAUACGUGAAACACAUGUGAAUUUUGUUUCAAUCACUGGUGAUCAACUGAAAAGUGUCCUGAGUAAGACAACAGCUGACGGUGGUAAUACUAAUGCGACAUAUAUUCAUCGUAAUCAAGCAUCAAAAUAUGUUGGUCGUUAUGUUGUUAAUGUUAAAAAGAUGAUGUACAUUGAAAAUCCAAAUGCAAAUCUAUCGCAAAUAACUGAUGGUUUAGAGGAGCAAUUUACAGCACUGUUUCAGCAAGCAAUGGAAAAUUCGCAAGAACAACGUAAGGAAGCCGAUAUAUUUCGUCAACUGUGGUCGCCGUAUGAUCUGAAUCCUGAUCGUAUUACAGAAGAAUUAAGUAAAAUAUUUACAUACAAUGACACUGAAACAAAACGGCGUAAUGAUACGAGUACAUACUAUGAUUUUAAUAAGGCAAAUAUGAAUGCAAAUGCCAACAGCCAUUCAGCUAGCGGUGGUGGCUCUGUCAGUAUGGAAGCUCAUCUCAGUAUACCGUUUGUUAGUGCUGGUGGAGCGGUUAGUGCUGGCGCUUACGGUGCAACAUCUGGCAGUUCAUAUAAUUCUCUCUACAAUCAACUGAAUGAAACGACACAUAAUCAGUUUUCAUCCGAAGAUAUUCAAAGAAUGUUCACACAACAGGGUACAGAAUUAGAAUUUAAAGGCGAAAAGAUAACUCCAAAAGCAUUUCAAGUUUAUAAAUUGGCUGAUUUAAUAGAUCAAGUACAAGUUGGUAUCAUAUCAAAACAAUUAAUUGCUGAAAAGAAAGAUGGUGCAAUCGUGAAAACUGUAAGUGCAUUGAGUUUUUCUGCUGGACUUGGAACCAUUGCAUCUACCACAGCCACAUCUAUUACUUCGACUUUGACAACCACCUCUAUCUCAUCCGUAUUACCUCCCCCCAACAUGAUUUUAACAGGUGAAAUACGUCUCUAUUCAGGUGAUAGGACUGUUCUCCCCGCUCCAUGGCUUCUUUGUAAUGGUUCAGCUAUUUCUCGAAAAGAGUUUUCUGAACUCUUUCGAGUCAUUGGUAUAAACUAUGGAAGUGGUGAUGGUAUCCAUACAUUUAAUUUACCAGAUUUUCGUGGACGAGUACCGGUUGGUGUAGAUGAGUUACAAGUAAAUAUUACUGAAAUAGGUAGAUUAGGAUCUAUAGGUGGACAAGCUAUGCAUCGACUAACUAUUGAUCAAAUUCCACCACAUCAGCAUAGUGCAGGUUCUCUCUCUACAUCGUCGAGUGGUGCUCAUCUUCAUUCCAUUUAUGAUCCUGGUCAUGAUCAUGGUGGCAAAACAGGAAACAGCGGACCAGUUGGUACUGGAAGCUGGGGAAUGCCUCCCAAGGGUUACGGUAGCGACCAAUCCUUUCAUUCUCAUACAAUUCCAAUGGGUAAAACGGGGAUUACGAUCAACUCAGCUGGUUCUCAUGAUCACAUGGUUAACAUAGGUCAGACUGGUUCCGUGGGACUUGGACAAAAGUUCAGCUUGAUGCAACCAUAUCAAACAGUUAACUAUAUAAUUUAUGCCGCUUAA